AUGAUGGAUAAGGCGAAACUUAUUCGCCUCCUUCUUAGGGACAACCCCCAACGGUUUUUUGAUAAGACAAAAAAUCUUUGGACUGAACGCGAUGAUUUUGAAAAGGUACCUGGUAAAUAUGAUUUUCUGCGUCUGGAUUAUAACUCAACCAUAAAGGAAGAAGAAAAUAUUGUGGAGGUGGAUAAGCCAGCUAUAGUUCCUAAAGUGGAGUCCAAGCUAGAUAAUUCAGUUCAGGAAUUGUUAAAGCUCAUCUGUAAUUUGCAGAACAUGGAGGAAACUGUGCUGGAGAUGAAGUAUGACACUAAGAAAGCUCCUCUUGGAAAGCUAACUGUGGAGCAGAUCCGGGCUGGGUAUAGUUCCCUCCAGCGUUUAGAGAACUGUAUCAAAAAACAAAAAUUUGGUAAGGAACUUGUGGAGGCUUGCAAUGAGUUUUACACCCGGAUUCCUCACGACUUUGGGCUCAAGACACCACCUCUGAUAAGGACAGUACAAGAACUAGUCUUGAAAGUGCGUCUUCUUGAGGCUUUGAGCGAUAUACAGAUUGCUGUAAAGUUAGCCAGUUUAGAUCUCCGGUCCCACGAGCAUCCAGUGGACAGACAGUACAGACAGUUACACUGCAAUUUGGAGCCUUUAGACAAAAAGUCAAGUGAAUUUCAGCUUAUUGAGCGUUACUUGCAAAGCACCCAUGGUCCAACCCACAAUGACUACACCAUGACACUCUUGAAUGUUUUCUGUGUACAGAAAGAGACUGAAGACCGCUUUCGAGAAGAUCUACCCAACAGGAUGCUUUUGUGGCAUGGAUCUCGUUUGUCUAACUGGGUUGGCAUACUUAGCCAGGGCCUCCGCGUUGCUCCUAAAGAGGCUCCAAUAACUGGGUACAUGUUUGGAAAAGGAAUAUAUUUUGCUGAUGUCUCCUCAAAGAGUGCAAAUUAUUGCUUCACAACUCGAGAUAAGAAUGUGGGAAUUAUUCUGCUAUCGGAGGUCGCACUUGGUGAAUGUAAUGAACUUCUUGCUGCAGAUUAUGAUGCUCAAAAGAAACUAAAAGGCAAACACUGCACCAAAGGCGUAGGCCGUAGCAUUCCAGACCCCCAAAAGAGCAUUAAACAUGAAGAUUGUGUGGUCCCCAUGGGCCCUCUCAUAGACACAGGUCUGAAUAAUAGCGAUGGCUACACACUAAAUUACAAUGAGUACAUUGUGUACGACAACCAUCAGGUCCGGAUGAAGUAUUUGCUGCAAGUCCGUUUCAACUAUGAUUCAUUGUGGUAACUGAGUAGCUUUAGAAGAGUGGAGCAGUAAAGUUGUGAUUUUAGGCACAUUCUUCAAUACUACUGCAUGAGUACUGUAACUGGGAAGGAUGGUAGUGAGCAUAUGUACUUAAAUAGUUAAAAGCCUUGCUAGAAGAUAGAGCCUAUGUUUAACUUGUUGCCCAUCAUUAUCAGUAAUCCUGUUCUACUACGAAAGUAGAGUAUAGAAAUCGCCUUCUAAAUUCCAGUAGUGUACUUCUCCUUAGAUCUCAUUGACUAUUAAUGAACCUUUAUCUUUUUAACCUUGAAAUGGAAGAUCACUGUUAUAUAGAUCUUCUUGUAACUGAGUAAUAAAAUGAUAGUCGUCUUUGUGUACGUUACUUAAAAAAAAUAUAAAAAAAAUAAAAAUACCAGCAGUACUUAA